AUGGGGGACUCUACAACUCGGGUGCAUGGUCCUUUCUUGAUGGGCGAUAUGUAUCAGAUUAAGGAGAAAUUAGGGCAUUACUCAGAGAACCCUACAAAGUUUCUAGAUGGUUUUAUGUCUGUGACCAUGCAGUUUGAUCUUUCUUGGUCUGACUUGCAAGUUAUCCUUGGUAGCUGUUGGACCCCCGAUGAGAAAAAGCAGAUCAUAGACUUGGCUAUACAAGCUGGUGAUGAAUGCGCACAGGCUGUCACCUGGGCAGGAACCCUGGGCACCACAGAAGUACCCUCAGGCAAUCCCGGCUGGAAUUAUCACGACAGGGAGGAUAGAGCUCGGAGGGACCACAUGGUUACUUGUCUCAUUGAGGGUAUGAAAAGAGGGGUCAAGAAACAGGUCAAUUAUGAGAAAGUUAAGGAGAUAACACAGGGGUCUGACAAAAAUCCUGCUGUCUUCGCCAGCCAUUCAGUCCGACCACAUGCUCGGAUCCAGAAGACACCAGUGUUUCAGCCGAUUCAGAGGCCCUGGGACAAAUUCCUCUGGCGGGUGUCUGGUAUGUCGGCCCUAUUGCAGGAUGCCUAUGGCCAUGGCUUUACCUUCAUCUCUGUGGUUCUGCAAUUGUAUAAUCCUUCCUAUGUGCCUGAAAGUCCCAGAUUCCUGCUUAUCAAUAAAAUGGAAGAAGAACAGGCUUGAAAGAUUCUUGAGAAGUUAUGGGGCACUGAAGAUGUAGGGCAGGAUAUCCAGGAGAUGAAGAAUGAGAGUGCUAAAAUGGCACAAGAAAAGAAGCCAACUGUGCUGGACCUCUUUAGGUCACCAAAUUAUUGUCAACCCAUUAUCAUUGCCAUAAUGCUCCAGCUCUCUCAACAGCUUUCUGGAAUUAAUGCUGUAUUCUAUUAUUCUACAGGAAUCUUUACAGAUGUUGGUGUUAAAGAAGCAAUAUAUGCUACCAUUGGUGCUGGUGUAAUUAAUGUGAUAUUUACUAUAGUGUCUCUCUUUCCAGUGGAGCAAGCAGGAAGGAGGAUCCUUCACCUGGUAGGAUUGAGUGGAAUGACCUUCUGCUCUAUUCUUAUGAUUGUUGCCAUGUCUCUCAAGGAUUCUCAUAUUUGGAUGAGCUAUAUCUGUACUGGGGCCAUAUUUGGCUUUGUGGCCUUCUUUGAAAUUGGACCACGACCCAUUCCUUGGUUCGUUGUUGCUGAGCUCUUCAGUCAAGGCCCCCACCCAGCUGCUAUGGCUGUGUCUGGCUGUUCCAGCUGGACCUCUAACUUUCUUGUGGGGUUGCUCUUCCCUACAGCUGUGAAAUAUUUAGGAUCCAAUGUCUUUAUUAUCUUUACUUUCUUCCUCAUCUUCUUCUUUUUGUUCACCUUCUUCAAAGUCCCUGAGACCAAGGGCAGAAUUUUGGUGAAUAUUACCCAGGUCUUUGAGAGCAAGAGUCAGGGUUCCAUCAGCCCCACCUUAAUGGCAGAGAAAGGCCCCAUUGUGGAUAUGAACAGCAUUGAUCCAGCCAAGGACACAUCAUCUUCCACCCUCUAA